UAAAUAUUCAGCACUCCGUAACCAUUCAACACUCUACCAACCUUCUAAUUUCUCAAUCACUCUCUUAAUCAUUCGCAAAUCACUUUUGAAGCCUUCACACCAUUGCUAUUUCUUUCUAAACUCCUGUCUUAAUUUAGGUCUUUCGAGAAAUUUUGGUUAAACUUUUGGUCAUAAAACAAUCCCUUGUUUUUUUUUGUGUUCAGACAAUGUUCUUGUCACUCAAAGAAUGCAAUCAACUUGAUUUACAAUAUUUUCUUAACAAUAAAACGUGCGUCGAAAAAAGUUUCUACUUCUGGAUUUUCCAAAUACCAACCGUUGUAGCUUUUUGAUAGUGUCUUAAAAUCAGAAACUGCUUAAAUCGUAAUCUGAAUUCUAAGGACACCCGUGGAUCAAGAUUUCGCAGUUUCUUGUGUACCAAGUCACUUACGGUCAGGGAUUUUGCAAAUGGGAAGUUCAUGUUUACCUCCAGGAUUUCGGUUUCAUCCUACUGAUGAAGAACUCAUCGACUAUUACUUGAAAAGAAAAGUCAAAAGUCUUGAGAUCGAGCUUGAAGUCAUUCCCGUUAUUGAUCUUUAUAAAUUUGAUCCUUGGGAGUUACCAGACAAGUCUUUUCUUCCAAACCGAGACAUGGAAUGGUUCUUCUUCUGUUCAAGGGACAAAAAAUAUCCGAAUGGUUUUCGUACAAAUCGAGGAACAAAGGCCGGUUAUUGGAAAGCAACCGGAAAAGACCGGAAAAUUACUUGUCUUUCAUCUUCUGCAAUCGGUUAUAGAAAAACCCUAGUUUUCUACAAAGGUCGUGCCCCGUUAGGCGAUAGAACCACUUGGAUCAUGCAUGAAUAUCGGCUAUGCGAUGAUGAGAGUUCAUUACAAGGUUCACAACAUUAUUAUAAGGGAGAUUUUGUGUUAUGUCGUGUGGCUAAGAAGAAUAAGAUUAAAACUUGUUCGAAAAUCCGAGGAAACCUAAGUGAACAAGCACUUGGAUCAGGAGAAAUUUCUGGUUAUUCUAGUCAAGUGACUUCACCUAGUCGUUAUGGAACGAUGCCGUUUCACUCAUUUGUCAAUCCGGUUUCUACUGAAACAGACUCUUCCAACAUUUGGAUUUCACCUGAUUUCAUUUUUGAUUCUUCAAAAGAGUAUCCUCAAAUCCAAGAUUUUACAUCUGAAAACUUACACGACUUUGAUUUUCCGGUUAUCAAUAAUCAGAACGUAGAUUUUCCAGCGGGUACCUUGUAUAGCAAUGUAAAUCAGCACAUGGAUGAAUCUCUGCAAACCGGUUAUUGGACAAAUUGUGGAUUCGACGAUACCGGUUUAUUCGGUUAUACAGAGUUCUCCUAGACGGUGUCUCGUUUGAAGUCUCUCUUCUAAGACGAAAACGCCUUUUGUUGUUCGAGUCUUCCAGCUUUUAGCAUUGGUUUCUAUAUGGAUGGUUUAACUAUUCUAUUUUUUCUCAUAUUACUACUUGAUUAAUAUGGAUUUGUUUUAUUAAUGUAUAUUGCUUCAUACGUAUUUGAAGCUUGUUUUCUCCGUGGUUUUGAUUUUAUUUUCAAUAGGACUAUGGAUUAUUGUUAUUUUAUAUUUGUAACGUU